UCGUCUUCCACAAAAGGAACGAGAUUGCGAUCACAGAGUGUCAAAGCAUUCUCAUCUCAGAUUCGAAGGUUCUCUGUGUAAUCUAAAGGAGAAGAUUUAAAGCUUUGUAGGUGGUUUGUAAACUAUGGCGGAUUAUCAUUUCGUGUACAAGGACGUUGAUGGAGCGUCGACUCAAUGGGACGAUAUCCAGAGGAAAUUGGGGAAUCUACCUGAGAAAGCUCCGGCGUUCAAACCUCCGGCUUAUACUCCGGAAGAAGACGAGUCUUCAGCUCCUAAGGACCAGGCUUGGUUUGAUAAGAAGACGGAGGAGGAGCUUGAGGAUCUUGAAGACGACAAAGAUCUCGACGAUGAUUGCUUCCUCGAACAAUACAGCUUCAAGAGGUUGUCUGAGCUAAGAGAAGCUGCUAAAGUUAGAAGAUAUGGAACUGUGACUCCCAUCUCUGGAUCUGAUUUUGUACGCGAGGUUACACAAGCCUCUGCUGAAGAUUGGGUUGUUGUAUGUCUAUACAAAGAUAGUGUUGCAGAGUGUGGUUUGCUAUUGGGUUGUCUAGAAGAAUUGGCUAGCAGAUACCCAGCCACAAAGUUCGUUAAGAUUAUAUCUACUGAUUGUAUUCCGAACUACCCUGAUUGUAAUCUUCCUACCUUGCUUGUGUACCACCAUGGUGCCGUUAAAGGAACUCAUGUAGGCUUGAAGAGCUUUGGCCGUAGGUGCACCCCAGAGAGUGUAGCCUUACUUCUGUGUCAAUCAGAGCCAGUUCUUAAUGAUGGCAAAGGAGGAGACGACGACUCCUCGAGGGAAGCUGUGAUGGCUGGAGUUCGAAAACAGUUCAUAGAACGAGUGGUGAGAGACCAUGAGAAUAAGGAUAACGAUGAUGGUGGUUACAGCAGCGAUUAGAACAUCAAAGCUUCCCUAUUUACCUCUGUUGUUAUUGCUUGUCGAGUUGGUGACUAAUAAACAAAAUGUGUUGACUUCAUCUGUGUUGUAAUGCUUUUUUAAAACGUCUUGUUCUUUUAAAAGAGACAGGUACCUCAUGCUUUUUCUUAAUAUCCAUGUCCUGAUCACUUCUCGAAUUCAAGUACUGGAUGUAAGACUCUGAAUCCAUGUAAAAGCCAACAUUUGAAAUAGUCUAUCCAUUGAA